GGGAUUCAUGGCAGAAGACCACACGAAUAAGGGAGCACUUUGUGGGUGUAAAGGAAUCCGGUCUUGUCUUAUUUGCGAGAAAUUCGUGGGCAAACAAAGGAUAGAGGAUGACACUCAUUUGAAGCUUCGCAGUUUCGUGUACGAGCCACCAGUAGGGCUGGCCGUACGCGAUGAGCAGGGUGUCAGAGAGUCCUUCUCCUUCCCUGGGGUCUUUCUGUGGAAGGAUUUUGUGUCGCCGGAGGAGGAGAAACAUCUGGUGGACAGCAUGGACCGGGAUUGUUGGAAGGAGUCACAGUCCGGCCGCAGGAAACAGGACUUUGGGCCUAAAGUGAAUUUUAAGAAGCAGCGUGUGCGGUUAGGAGGAUUUACUGGGCUGCCAGCGGUUAGCAGGGAUUUGGUGACACGGAUGAGACAGGAACCAUUAUUGGAGGACUUCCAGCCAGUAGAACAGUGCAACUUGGACUACAGCCCUACGCGAGGUUCUGCCAUUGAUCCCCACCUUGAUGACAGCUGGUUGUGGGGUGAACGCUUGGUGACCAUCAACCUUCUCUCAGAUACUGUGGUCACAAUGAGUAGGGACGAUGGAGAAAUGCUCGUGUCCGUUGGCCUUCCUCGCAGGUCACUUUUAGUGCUUUACGGCGAAGCGCGUCACCAGUGGAAACAUGCCAUCCAUCGAAAGGACAUUGAAAAGCGCAGAGUCUGCAGCACCUACAGGGAGCUUUCACCUGAAUUCCUACCUGGAGGAAUGCAGGAAAAUCUUGGAUCACAACUGUUGGACAUAGCCUUGACCUUUCAGGGAGUCCCGGUGUAG